CCAAAUAAGGAAAACAACUGAAAUUCAAUCCUUAUCUUCAAGUUGCCCAACACUUCCCGGCCACCUGCAAUCCUGGUUCUCAAUAUCAUUACCUCUCUUUCUCACCACUCGACCUGGUUUUCGCUCUCUCUCUUCACAACCACAGCUCCCGAGUCCCACCCACGCACACAAACGCAACUCUCUCUCUCUCUCUCUGUUAUCUGUUAUGGCUUCCAUAUCUCCUCCGACUCCUCGCAACUUGACCUUUCCAAACCCCAAAUUCCCCUCCUCUCACCCUCUCAAACCACCGUCCCAUCCCUCUCAGAUUCAUUCCCUCUCCUUCUCUCGGCUUUCCGACUCCUACCUCUGCCGUUGCCAGCACAAUCCCUCAUCCUCUCCCGACAACUCCACCCACUGGCGAUGGGACUCUGUGCUAGGCGACGUCGUCAAGACCGCGAUCAAACGGUUCGAUUCCUACUUCAACUCGAAACAAAAAGAGGCCGAGGAUGUUCGCGAUGGUGAGCUGAGCGAGGGCCGGAAUGCAGAGGUGGAAGUCGAAGAGUGGAAUUGGGAUCGCUGGCGCAAGCAUUUCGACGAAAUCGAUGGCGAGGAGCGUAUGGUCUCCCUUCUGAAGUCACAGUUAGGUCAUGCGGUAUUUGUAGAGGAUUAUGAAGAUGCUGCUAGGCUCAAGGUGGCCAUUGCAGCUGCAGCUACAAAUGAUACUGUUGGCAGAGUGAUGUCCCAUCUGAAUAAAGCUAUAGAGGAAGAGCGUUUCCUGGAUGCAGCUGAUAUACGUGAUAAUGCCUGUGCUGGAUUGGUGGGAUGGUGGGCUGGCAUUUCAAAAAAUGUCAAUGAUCCGCAUGGUCUAAUUAUUCGAAUAACAGCAGAGCAUGGAAGAUACGUGGCAAGAAGUUUUAGCCCUCGGCAACUUGCUAUGGCUGCAGCUGGUGUUCCCUUGUUUGAAAUUUUUCUUACAGUGAAUAAGAGAGGUGAAUACAAACAGCAGGCUGUGUACUUAAAGCAGAGGGGGGCUUUUGAAGGUUCUCCAACAAUACGCACUAAAGCAUUGGAUGCCACUGGCAGCUUAAAUCCUUUAGACUCAACUGAAGACAAAAGUGAUCUAUUUGUUGUGAAUACUGAAGAUCCCGAAGAAGGUGAUGAUAGAGAUGAUAGUUCUGAUCUAGCUGAGGGUCUGUCUGGUUUCCAGAACAUAUUGAGGGAUAUGAUUCCUGGUGUCAAGGUCAAGGUUUUAAAAGUGACAGCACCAGGGAAGGUAGACAAGGAUUUAAUAUCUAAGGUGAUUGAGCAGAUAAUUGAGGAAGAAGAUGAAGAGAAGGACAAUGGGAUAGAAGGUGUAGAGGCAGAGGAUGAAGAUGAUGGGGAAAGUGACCAAGAGACUGAUGAAAUUGAAAUGGAUGAUGAUCCUGGGAUUAUUGAAAGCGAAGAGCACAAUGAAAUUGCCGUUAAAGUUGUUGUAGGUGGUCUUGCACAGAAACUCUCCAACAGUUUGCCUACUAAAGAUUUACUUCGAAUACCUGCUAAGCUGGAGAAGAAGGGGCGUUUGUCAUUUUCCUUCUCUAUAGAGAAAACCAUCAAUGAGCAGGAUUCUGGUGUCAAGGAACGACCUUCGGUAGAUAAAUCAGCUAAGCAUCAACGCAGCAUUGACCAUGUUAUGUUUGAUCUUGCUAAAUUCAUUGGUAGAGAGAAGAUACCCUUAAAGGUUCUCAAAGAUGUUGGUGAAUUAAUAAAUCUCACGCUCAGACAGGCUCAAAAUCAUCAACCACUUUCUGGAUCAACAACCUUCAGUCGCAUUGAAAUACCAACGACUCCAGAUCCUCUAAAUGGUCUAUACAUUGGUGCACAUGGCCUGUACUCCUCAGAAGUCAUUAAUCUGAGCCGCAAAUUUGGUCAGUGGCAAGAGGAUGGUGGAAAAAAGGAGCCAUCAGAGCUUGAGUUUUAUGAAUAUGUAGAAGCCGUGAAACUUACAGGUGACCCUUAUGUACCAGCCGGCAAGGUGGCAUUCCGUGCAAAGGUUGGGAAAAGAUAUCAGCUUCCUCAUAAAGGGAUCAUUCCAGAAGAACUUGGAGUGAUUGCGCGGUACAAGGGUCAAGGGAGGCUUGCUGAGCCUGGGUUUCGCAAUCCUCGAUGGGUUGAUGGUGAACUUGUUAUUCUUGAUGGAAAGUACAUCAAAGGGGGGCCUGUUGUUGGAUUUGUCUAUUGGGCCCCUGAAUAUCAUUUCUUGGUUUUCUUCAAUAGGCUGAGGCUUCAAGAGUAGAUUCUUAAUUUACAUCCGUUGUUCCAGCUUGUAAAUUCUUUAUUCAGAUUUUGUAAGUCCGAAGAUAUCUAUGACUGAAUACCUGGAGUUCUUCAGUCAUCAGGCCCAUGCUCACUCAACUGAUCAAUGCACUUGCAAGCAUUAUUGACUCAGCAAGUGUGGCCAUCAUAUAUUUAAAAUACAAUGAAUGGCCCCUUCCAUUGGUCCCCCUUUCUGGGCCAUCAGUGUAUUUUUGAAUAGUUGUAGUGCUGCAUAUCAAUUGUCAAUUAUCAGGGUUUUUGCCUUGUAACUUGAUGUAGUAUAUUUAUCAUAUUCUAACCUGUACAUGGUCUUAGGAAAUACCUUAACUGAGAUGUAAAUAUGUGAGGCCUGUUGAUGGCCUUAAUUUUGGGAUGCAGUUCAAAUACAGAUUCAAGUAGGAUGAAGUCAAAAUUCUUUUUCAUAAUUAAUAUUAGAAAUGCACCAUUUACUU